AUGUCGGACUGCAGUGAUAACAUUGGCACCGCGGUCAACGGUGUCACCAAUGGUUGGGAUAACGCUGGCGCCAACGGCGCUUCUGGCGGCUGGGACAGCCCUGGUACCAAUGGCGCCGCAGGUGGUCCCAACCCUCACGUGGAUAAGUUUGCUUGCAAGGACUGUAGCCUGGCCACAGGGCGUCCGAUUGUCAGAAGCCCCGCUCAGCUGCUAACCGUCGAGUGCCGUAAUGGUAAUAUGGGCCACUUCUCUCGGGACUGCCCUCAGGGCGGCGGUGAUAACCGUGGCUGCCGCAACUGUGGCCAGGAGGGACACAUGGCUCGCGAGUGCCCUGAGCCUCUCAACAUGGAUCGCGUGCAGUGCCGCAACUGCGACGAGUUUGGUCACAUGAGAAAGGAUUGCCUCCAGCCACGCGAUAGCAAGUCUUUAUUCCUCAGUUAUAUGCCGAUCAUUGCUAACUGCUCCAAGUUACUCGCGUCAAGUGCAACAACUGUGGUGAGAUGGGAAACUACAGCCGCAACUGCCAGGAUGGCGCUGCUCCGGAUGCCAACGGUGGUGACAACGGGCUUUGGCAAUGGCGCUACGGACGCCAAUGCCCUUCUGACUGACGACUGGUGA